AUGCAAACACGCGUAUAUGAGGGGUUGUGUGAAAAUUACUUUUCUCUUGCUAAACCACAAAGACAUAGAAUCAAAGUGCUUCUUUUGGACAUAUUGGCUUUUCUUUCUUUCUUUCUUCUCUUUCUUUUAUUUCUUGUGGAUAUCAUGGCUAAUAACACAACAAGUUUAGGGAGUCCAUGGCCAGAAAACUUUUGGGAGGAUCUUAUAAUAUCCUUCACAGUGUCCAUGGCAAUUGGACUUGUAAUUGGAGGAUUUAUCUGGGCUCUGUUUGUUUGCUUGUCUCGAAGAAGAGCCAGCGCCUCCAUCUCGCAGUGGAGUACCAACCGGCGACCUAGGUCUUCUUACAACCACGGACUCAGCAGAACUGGAUUCUACCGCCACAGCGGCUGUGAACGUCGAAGCAACCUCAGCCUGGCUAGUCUCACGUUCCAGCGACAAGCUUCCAUGGAACAAGCAAAUUCCUUUCCAAGAAAAUCAAGCUUCAGGGCUUCUACUUUCCAUCCCUUUCUGCAAUGCCCACCACUUCCCGUGGAAACUGACAGUCAUCUGAUGACACUCCCUUCUUCCAGUGCCUCUCCCACCAGCAACACGUCGCACAGCCUGAGCCGUCCUGAUUUCCACUGGUCCAAUAACAACCUUCGCAUUGGCUUUUCACCACCACCACCACCUGCGUAUGAGUCUAUCAUAAAGGCAUUUCCAGAUUCCUGAGUAGGGUGUUUUGGUUGUUUUUUCUUCCUUUAUUUCUUUGUUUUCUUGUCCUUUUUAGAAAGGAAAUUAUGAAUAGGCUAAGCAGAAUUUUGAGGCCAUGGCUCAGACUACUAAGGAACUUCGAGCUAAAUAUGCUCACGCAAGUUGGACGUUAACCAUGUAUAAUAUAAUUUCUUUGAACACAUUUUUUUGGGUGUCUUACUAAAAAGUAAUAUUUUUUCCAAAUAAUUACAUAUUUAUGUGUUUUGUAUUUAGAGCCCCUGGUGGCACAGUAGAUAAGCGUUUGGCUGCUAACCAAGAGAUCGCCAGCUCCUUGAAAACCCUGUGGGGCAGUUCUACUUUGUCCUAUAGGGUCACUAUGAGUUGGAAUGGACUCAACGGCAAUAGGUUUUUACAUUUUGUAUUCAAUGUAAUAAUUAUUAAAGAUAGCGAUUCUAACAAGCAGCUGUGAUAUAGUAUAUAUAUACUAAAAAUGCUUGAUAUGUGUGGUUUACAAUCAUGUAUAUUCCACUGUGACUAUAAAGGGGAAAAGAAAUUACUGUGUCACUUUUUAUAAAAAUCUUCUAUCCUACAGAAUUGUAAUUUUACUUUCUUAGAAUGACAAGUGAACCAUACUGACAUCUUACAACUUGGAUUGUUAGUGGAUUAUGUGGGCAGAAACUGACAGAGCAUAAAAAAUUCUAAUUUCUUGAUUUUAUUGAUUUAUGAAAAGUGAGGGACUCAAGCAAAGGAAGCUGAACUCUCUCGGUGUCCUGUUGUGUUGCUGUGUGCUACUGAGUCAAUUCUGACUCAUAGCGACCCCAUGUGACAGAGUAGAACUACCGCAUAGGGUUUCCUAGACUGUAAUCUUUACGGGAGCAGAUUGCCAGGUCUUUUUCCCAUGUAGCUGCUGGGUAGGUUUGAACCACCAACCUUUUGGUUAGCCACCAAGCACUUAACCGUUUCCACCACCAGCGCUCCUGCUGGUGUUAUAGGACACUUCAAAUUUGAAACUUAUAUUUUCCCAGACACUUUCUUUGUGUACGUUUCCCAAGAAUAGUUAUUUCACUGAGGCAAAAAUCUGUUACUAACCUGAUGAUAUAACUUCUUUACUCUCGUAGUUAUGCUAUGUUAUUAUAAAAAAACAACAAAUGCAAAUCGUUUGACCUAAAAACAAAGUUUGAACUUACAUUUUUCUUAAAGGACAAGUUUGUUUUUUUUUUUUUUUUUUUUUUACUGUGCUUACAUCUAGGAACUAGGAAAGCAGUUGGUCUAGGAAUCUUGUUCCUUCCAGACGAGAGAAGUAAGGGUCACUGGGAAACAGAGUCUGCCACUGAAAUAGAUGUUACGUUCGUGAAGAAUUCUCCUUCCUGGGUUGACUCUUAACCACCAGGCAUCAGCCCUUGUCUGCUUCUCUAUGAAUUCUGAACCCCCAAAUCUCUGAAGAGUCUUUGUACAAUGAUCAAACCAUGCCAUAUGGCAUGGGGACCUUGGCGCAGACAUUUGUUUAAGAGGUCCACUCCUAUAAGUUGCCAUCCUCGUAAAGUACGGCACAUCCCCAAAUCUGAGUGCCAGCAUUUCAGUGGCCAGAUGCCUCUUUUUUGUUUUAGGACAUGAGUUCACUGGAGUAUUACUAACAAGGUCUGUGGUUCAUUUCUGAUGUAAUGAACAUUUUGUUUCUCUCUCUGAAAAUUGGGAUUUUUAGCAAAGAAAAUUUACACCCAUUUUAGUUUCUACAAUGCAGUGGUCAGAGCCCUGGUGGCGCAGUGGUCAAGAGCUCAGGCUGUUAACCAAAAGGUCGGCAGUUCGAAUCCACCAGCUGCUCCUUGGAAGCCCUAUGGAGCAGUUCUGCUUUGUCCUGUAGGGUCAUUAUGAAUGGGAAUUGACUCGAUGGCAAAGAGUUUUGGUAACACAGUGGUCAGAGUUAAUAGUGUCUGGCUCAAGAAUGUAAUAAUUCUUAUGUAAUAAAAGAUUCUGAUAGCAUUUUCUUUAUUACUUUUAUUUAGCUUGUAUUAUCCAUUGUUCCUCAAAGACGGUUAUUUUUUUUUUUUUAAUUGAACUCUAGACGAAGGUUUAUGGAACAAAUAAUUUCUCGUUAAACAGUACACAUAUUGUUUUAUGACAAUGGUUAACAACCCCACAACUUAUGGACACUGUCCCUUCUCAACCUUGGAGAUAGUUAUUCUUAAUGAUGUCUACAAGUGCAUGCUCUCUAAUGCAAUGUGACAGGAAGAAAGAAAGAAAGAAGGAAGGAAAGAAGGUUAGGGGACGGAGAAAAAAACUCACCAAAUAACCAACUUAUUGUAAAUUGGUUUUUAACAAGGAAAUUUAGAAGUUUUCAUAUAGCCAAGUAAGAUUUUAAGAGAGUGUUAACUUAGUAACCAUUUUUUUUUUUUUACUUGUAUAUCAUCCUUAAUGUGUAAUGUGAGAAUUAAGCAAAGUGUAUGCUUUUUACCUAGAAUUUAUAUUGGAAGUAAAAACUGCUUUAUAUCUCUCAAAUUAGGGAAACGAGAGCAGAAAUCUUCUGGUGUAUUUAACCAUCUGGCCAAAUUGUUGCCUUCCUCUGCCCUGAAUUAUGAAACAAUCAGAAUGAUUAUCUUGUAAAUAUUGUUCGGUGUAUGAAAUGUGAAAUGAAAGCAAAAAUUGGAGAUUUUUUUUGGUUGUAAUUUUUUUAAUGUUUUGUUGAUUAUGAAAUAAAAUUAAACUGAUGCUAACUUUGGUGUACAGUUUUGAUAUUGAACAUUCCCUUCUAAAAAGCAAGAAGGUAAGAAAAUGUAAAAUGA